UAAUGGCCGAUUGUAGGGAGGUAGUGGAGGUCUUUAUCUCUGGCAAAAGCCUUAUUUCCCCUAGCCAAAUGCAGUAAACAGCACAAAUGUGGGAUCAUUUGUGCCAGUUAGACGUGAACAAGGAAAAGAUGCAAUUGAUCAAGUCACGGUGGAAAUUCUGAAGAAGGGAAAAGAGCUUUUUAGAUCUCUCUCGCUCUCCUGUGUUGCUGUAAAUGCAAUCAUCCGGCCGGUUGUUGCCUUGCUGACAAAAUGCUGCCUGGCUAUCAUGGGCUUGUUAAAAUCUCUGCUGACUGGGGAUCUCUCUUGCUGUUUAUUAUGUUUUUUUUAUUUUAUUUUCUCUCUCUUCUAGGCAGAACCUCGGCAUUGCUGCAGCAGGCCUGGUGCAGUAUUCCUGGCUUGCUUUACAUGCACUCAGUGGUCACAGGAGCUACUGAUGGAAUUGGAAAAGCCUAUGCAGAACAACUAGCAAAGCAUGGAAUGAAUGUGGCUCUUAUCAGCAGAUCUCAAGAAAAACUAGAACAAGUUGCCAGUGAAAUAAAAGAGAAAUUCAAAGUGGAAACAAAAAUUAUUGCUGCUGACUUCGGUGAGAGAGAAGAUAUUUACAGUAGAAUUAAAGCAGGACUGGAAGGCCUUGAGAUUGGUGUUUUAGUCAACAAUGUGGGAAUUUCAUACACUUACCCUGAAUAUUUUCUUGAUGUUCCAGACCUGGAUAAUACAAUCAAUAAAAUGAUAAAGAUUAACAUCGUGUCUGUUUGCAAGAUGACACGAUUGGUGCUGCCCAGCAUGCUGGAAAGAUCUACAGGAAUAAUCCUGAAUAUCUCUUCAGGUGCUGGCAUGUAUCCAUCUCCACUGCUCACUCUGUACUCAGCAACCAAGGCUUUUGUGGAUUUCUUCUCUCGAGGCCUCCAUGCGGAGUAUAAGAGCAAGGGCAUCAUUGUACAAAGUGUUCUACCAUAUUUUGUGGCUACAAAAAUGUCUAAAAUCCGCAAACCAACCUUCAAUAAGCCCAGUCCUGAAACAUUCGUAAGAGCUGCCCUUGGUACAAUAGGCCUGCAGUCCCAAACCAACGGAUGUCUGCCCCAUGCCAUUAUUGGCUGGAUCUUUUCUCUUCUUCCCACCUCAGCAGUCAUCAACUUGACAAUGCAAAGAAACAAGCAAUUACGGGCUCGCUACUUAAAGAAAGCGAAGGAAAACUAAGUUGCAGCAAUUUGAUCAGAUGUUUUGACAGAUGGUGGCUCAGUACCCACAAUUCAGCACCAAAUAGACUUAAUCACAUUUAAAAUUUUCUCUUGUAGUUUUUACUUUUUAAUGGGACCAAACACCAAUUUGGGGUGGGAUUAUGAUAUAACUUGAUUUCUUUCUGGCCACGACUUUCCAAUAUUGAUUUCAAAAUAUGCUUGAUUUAUUGGUCAUAUGUGACUAUGUGAUACUAACUGGAUUUAAUCAUUAGCUUUAUGUAAUGUAUUUAUACCAAUGAAUAAGGAAUUGUAUCCCAGUUCAAGUAGCUUGGUGAUAAAAGAAAAACUCACAAUAAAGCAAGACAAAGUGCUAGAGGAUCUUAAACUACAUUAUUGAAGUCAGAUGGCCUGUGCUUAGUUAAAAAGAAAAAUGGAAGUUGAGGCCAUCACUUUAAUUUUUUCAUUUUCAUACAACCACCACCUCUUUUCUGAGUUGUGCUCGUUUGGGUGAAGGGAAGAGUGGUGGCAGUUUGUCUUCAGGUGUACUGCUGGGAGAAAACAUGGUUAUUAAAAAAGGAAAGCUCAUGUUCAUUGAUGUAGCCACUCCCCAGCUCAGCUGCAGAGUGCUUGCUAGGAUGCUAUAUGGGUAGUCUUCUCGUGAUGUCUCCCCAUGUUUCACUUAGCAAGCUGUAUGUGUAUUGGGACACCAGGGAGAACUAUGUGUAACUUCACCUGGACAUAGCUGCCCGGCCGCUGUGGAUGAGUCUCCAAUAAUACCGUUUCCAGGCUAGUGUCCAGUUAACUCAGCUGAGAAAGACCACCCAUUUUUAGUUAUUUUUUGUUUUACAUCCUAAAAGACCACUCAUAGCUUUCAUCUAGUGUACUAAAAUGGAUUCUUGAACCAACAUUUGAUUGUUUUGUGUAAAUUUGAAGGAUAUACUGUAAUCCGUUUUAUGAAGUGGAGGGAAGUGAGCCAAAGUAUACAGUGGGAGUGAUUGCUAUAUAUAUUUUAACAUCCUAAAACUGCAAUUGUUUAAAUUCUUGCAUCUUGAAUAUUAAUGCUAACUUUUCAAAAAUAUAUUAUCUUCUGGAUUUGUAAUGACCUUUUAAAAAGAUUGAUGCCUGCUGUAAUCUGUAGACAGUUGUAGCACAAUGUAGAUAAAUGCUACCAGU